GGGCGCAAUAACGAGUACAGUUAGCUAAAGCCUGAAAGGACACUACUACAGGAGAGCAAGAAAGAUGGGGAGAAGCCCGUGCUGUGCUAAGGAAGGCUUAAACAGAGGGGCUUGGACUCCUUCGGAAGAUAGAUUGCUGACAGACUACAUCAAGUCCCACGGCGAAGGAAAAUGGAGAAGUCUUCCCAAACGAGCAGGCCUCAAAAGAUGCGGAAAGAGUUGCAGACUUCGUUGGUUGAACUAUCUAAGACCUGAUAUCAAGAGAGGAAACAUAACUGAUGACGAAGAGGACCUCAUAAUCAGGCUGCACAAGCUCCUCGGAAACAGGUGGUCCUUGAUAGCUGGAAGGCUUCCGGGGCGAACAGACAAUGAAAUCAAGAACUAUUGGAACACCAACCUCGCCAAGAAGUAUCAAAGCGGUGAACGCUUAGCCGCCAGCUCCUCCUGCACAAAACGCAACCCGUCAUCAACAACACUACUGCAUAAGCUAACGAGCAGUGCUCAUCAGCCGCCAAAUUCAGAAAAGCGAGAAGGAUCCUCUACAUAUGUGGUCCGCACAAAGGCUAGAAGGUGCACUAAAGUUUUCUUCAACGCUGACUUACAAACUCCCUCUGCACAACAACCCGGUGUUUUGGCGGUGAAAUCUCCAGUGCCGUCUGGGGCUGAUCAGGCCAAAGACGACUCCAACGAAACUCGUACUACUGACAAUAGCGAAAAAGUUGGCCCCGUCCCAGCUUCAGGUGGGGUAACCGAAUCGCCCCCAACUUUUUCAGGAGAAGAAGGCUGCUCUUCGGGCUUCAUGAUGGAUUUUGAAAUGGACAACGACUUCCUUUCCGAUUUUCUCAACAUGGAAUUCGAACGAGAUUUUCCCGAGGUAGUAGCACAAGGUACUGAUAAUAAUGAGGCCAAUGAUUUCUCUUUCAACUGUUGUCCAAGAGCGCUUUCCCAUGAUGAUCGGAAUGAUCAUGCGGAUCUUGGUUCUAUUACAGAUCUUCUUGAUACUGCUGUGACCUGGCUUCAUGAAGUCCAGUAAAAGGAAGAUGUUAACAUCCUGUUGGGCUUUCACGUCGCUUUAGGACUAAGGAGUCAAGGAGGCAGCUGUAUGCAUGAUUGUCUAUUAUUUCUACUACUUUCUUCUUGUUAAUUAUUCCGCCUUUUCUAGAGCGUCAGCUGUAUAUUACAGUAAUUAUUUGGAACCUAUUGUUGGAAAAACUUUCAUCGUGUGCUAAUUAAAUGUGUCGGUCGCCACGUGAUUUUUCAAU